AUGCUGUGGUUAACCGGGCUCAGGCCAACAUCAUGUGAACCUGACCUGGUCAGCUGCAGGCUGUGGGCUGAGCCUCAGAUGCCUGGUCUUUAUAUGGAUGGAGAUUUUGUGAUUGGGGGGACUUUCCCCAUUCAUUACUACACGAGAUCAGAGCAGAACACCUACACCAGACCGCCACUCCAGCUGCAGUGCUCUGGGAGUAUGAAUUUCAGAGAGCUGCGCUUCGCUUGUGCCAUGAAGUUCACCAUCCACGAGAUCAACAACAGAACAGAUCUCCUGCCGGGAAUCACGUUAGGAUACCAGAUACACGACUCGUGCUCUGAGGUGGCGAUGGCACUCAAACUUGCAUUUCAAUUUGCAAACGGCAUGGAACCAUUUUACAAUGAUACUGAUUCCUGUUCAAAAUCUGUAGCUGCCGCUGUUCCUGCUCUCGUGGGAGAUUCUUAUUCCAUCUCCUCAAUUACCAUGACUAGAAUGCUGGGUCUUUUUGGAAUUCCGCAGGUGAGUCCUUUCGCAACCUGCGCAUGUCUGAGCGAUAAGCGUCAGUAUCCUGCCUUCUUCAGGACCGUGCCUAGUGACUACCAUCAAGCUGCCGCACUAGCAAAACUUGUCAAGUACUUCGGCUGGACAUGGAUUGGGGCAGUGCGCAGCGACUCAGUUUAUGGAAAUACUGGAAUGGCGUCGUUUCUAAUGGCUGCGCAGGAGGAGGGCAUCUGUGUGGAGUACUCCGAGGUUUUCUACAGAACAGAACCGCGCAGUAAACUGGAGAGAGUGGCAAACGUCAUCCGCAGAUCAACAGCCCGGGUAUUAGUAGCGUUUCUUCAAGAAGCCGAAGUGAGGCUUCUGUUAGAGGAACUGGCAAGACAGCCGCCGCCCCCCCUUCAGUGGAUCGGCAGCGACGCAUGGAUUACAGAUCCAGAGUUUCUGCGCUUUAACAUGUGCGCUGGGGCGAUAGGAUUUGGGGUCCCCCGCUCAGUGAUUCCAGGUCUUCGUGAGUUUCUUCUGGAUCUCUCUCCAGAACAAGCACUGAAAUCGCCCCUGCUAACGGAGUUUUGGGAGAGCUCGUUCAACUGUAGCCUGAAAGGCUCCUCAGGAGGCGCGCGGGAAUGUGAUGGCAGCGAGGAUAUCCGCGCGCUGCAGAACCCAUAUACAGACACGUCGCAGCUGCGCAUCACUAACAUGGUGUACAAAGCUACGUAUGCCAUAGCGCAUGCCAUCCACGGUGUUAUCUGUAAUGACACGCAGUGUGACAAGAGCGCUAAAUUCACACCAUGGCAGAUACUCGACCAGCUCAAGACAGUGAACUUCACUACAAAGACUGGCUAUCAGGUCUCAUUUGAUGCCAAUGGUGAUCCUGUGGCCGUCUACGAGCUCAUAAAUUAUCAAUUUAAAAAAGAUGGUGUUUUGGGUGUCAUCACUGUGGGCCAGUAUGACACAUCUAGACCAAAAGGCCAGGAGUUCAGUGUGAGCAGACCUAUCAUCUGGUUGGGGGGACAGACCGAGAAAUAUGAUUCUCAAUAUUUGUCUAAUGUUUCAGACUCUCUUAACUGUGUGGGCUGCCCUCCUGAGUUCUGGCCCAACACCCAGCAAGACAGCUGCGUCCCCAAGCCUGUGGAGUUCUUGUCCUGGGAUGACACUCUAAGCAUCAUCCUGACAGUGUUCUCCAUCUCUGGGGCCUUCAUAGCUGUGAGUCACUACGCAACCUGCGCAUGUCUGAGCGAUAAGCGUCAGUAUCCUGCCUUCCUCAGGACCGUGCCUGGUGACCACCACCAAGCGGCCGCACUAGCAAAAACAGUCAAGCAUUUUCGCUGGACAUGGAUUGGGGCAGUGCGCAGCGAUACAGACUACGGAAAUUAUGGAAUGGCGUCGUUUCUAAAGGCUGCGCAAGAGGAGGGCAUCUGUGUGGAGUACUCUGAGUCCUACUACAGAACAGAACCGCGCAGUAAACUGGAGAGAGUGGCAAACGUCAUCCGCAGAUCAACAGCCCGGGAUGCUGAGGGAAUGGCCACCAUUCCAGCAGCAUGUGAACCUGACCUGGUCAGCUGCAGGCUGUGGGCUGAGCCUCAGGUGCCAGGUUUUUAUACGGAUGGAGAUUUUGUGAUUGGGGGGACUUUCCCCAUUCAUUACUAUAUGAGAUCAGAGCAGAACACCUACACCAGACCGCCACUCCAGCUGCAGUGCUCUGGGAGUAUGAAUUUCAGAGAGCUGCGUUUCGCUCGUGCCAUGAAGUUCACCAUCCACGAGAUCAACAACAGAACAGAUCUCCUGCCGGGAAUCACGUUAGGAUACCAGAUAUACGACUCGUGCGCUGAGGUGGCGAUGGCACUCAAACUUGCAUUUCAGUUUGCAAACGGCAUGGAACCAUUUUUCAAUGAUACUGAUUCCUGUUCAAAAUCUGCAGCUGCCGCUGUUCCUGCUCUCGUGGGAGAUUCUUAUUCCAUCUCCUCAAUUACCAUGACUAGAAUGCUGGGUCUUUUUGGAAUUCCGCAGGUGAGUCCUUUCGCAACCUGCGCAUGUCUGAGCGAUAAGCGUCAGUAUCCUGCCUUCUUCAGGACCGUGCCUAGUGACUACCAUCAAGCUGCCGCACUAGCAAAACUUGUCAAGUACUUCGGCUGGACAUGGAUUGGGGCAGUGCGCAGCGACUCAGUUUAUGGAAAUACUGGAAUGGCGUCGUUUCUAAAGGCUGCGCAGGAGGAGGGCAUCUGUGUGGAGUACUCCGAGGUUUUCUACAGAACAGAACCGCGCAGUAAACUGGAGAGAGUGGCAAACGUCAUCUGCAGAUCAACAGCCCGGGUAUUAGUAGCGUUUCUUCAUGAAGGCGAAGUGAGGCUUCUGUUAGAGGAACUGGCAAGACAGCCGCCGCCUCCCCUUCAGUGGAUCGGCAGCGACGCCUGGAUUGUAGAUCCAGAGUUUCUGCGCUUUAACAUGUGCGCUGGGGCGAUAGGAUUCGGGGUCCCCCGCUCAGUGAUUCCAGGUCUUCGUGAGUUUCUUCUGGAUCUCUCUCCAGAACAAGCACUGAAAUCACCUCUGCUGACGGAGUUUUGGGAGAGCUCUUUCAGCUGUAGCCUAAAAGGCUCCUCAGGAGGCGCGCGGAAAUGUGACGGCAGCGAGGAUAUCCGCGCGCUGCAGAACCCAUAUACAGACACGUCGCAGCUGCGCAUCACUAACAUGGUGUACAAAGCUACGUAUGCCAUAGCGCAUGCCAUCCACGGUGUUAUCUGUAAUGACACUCAGUGUGACAAGAGCGCUAAAUUCACACCAUGGCAGAUACUCGACCAGCUGAAGACAGUGAACUUCACUACAAAGACUGGCUAUCAGGUCUCAUUUGAUUCCAAUGGUGAUCCUGUGGCCGUCUACGAGCUCAUAAAUUAUCAAUUUAAAAAAGAUGGUGCUUUGGGUGUCAUCACUGUGGGCCACUAUGACACAUCCAGACCAAUAGGCCAGGAGUUCAGUAUGAGCAGACCUAUCAUCUGGGUGGGGGGACAGACCGAGGUACCAAGGUCUGUGUGCAGUGAGAGCUGUCCUCCAGGAACCAGGAAGGCUGUGCAGAAAGGAAAGCCAGUCUGCUGCUAUGACUGUAUACCAUGUGCAGAAGGAGAAAUCAGUAACAAGACAGACUCUUUGAACUGCAUGCGCUGCCCUCCUGAGUUCUGGCCCAACACCCAGCAAGACAGCUGCCUCCCCAAGCCUGUGGAGUUCUUGUCCUGGGACGACACUCUGAGCAUCAUCCUUACAGCAUUCUCCAUCACUGGGGCCUUCAUAGCUCUAUGUGUGAUUGCUGUCUUCUACAAACACAGAGCUUCUCCCAUCGUCAGAGCCAACAACUCAGAGCUGAGCUUCCUGCUGCUCUUCUCUCUGACUCUGUGUUUCCUCUGCUCACUUACUUUCAUUGGUCAGCCCUCUGAGUGGUCCUGUAUGCUGCGCCACACAGCGUUUGGGAUUACCUUCGUCCUCUGCAUCUCCUGUGUUCUGGGGAAAACAAUAGUGGUGUUAAUGGCCUUCAGAGCUACACUUCCAGGCAGUAAUGCCAUGAAAUGGUUUGGGCCUCCACAGCAGAGACUCAGUGUUCUCACCUUCACUCUCAUACAGGUCGUUAUUUGUGUUGUUUGGUUGACAAUAUCUCCUCCUUUUCCUUUCAAAAAUCUAAAACAAUACAAAGAAAGGAUAAUACUGGAAUGUGAAUUAGGUUCAGCUAUAGGUUUCUGGGCUGUGCUGGGUUAUAUAGGAUUUCUGGCUCUUUUGUGUUUUAUUUUUGCUUUUCUAGCACGGAAACUGCCUGAUAACUUUAAUGAAGCCAAGUUCAUCACAUUCAGCAUGCUCAUAUUCUGUGCAGUCUGGAUCACCUUUAUCCCAGCGUAUGUCAGCUCUCCUGGAAAGUUCACUGUAGCUGUAGAGAUAUUUGCUACUCUUGCUUCAAGCUUUGGUUUAAUUACGUGCAUUUUUGCUCCCAAAUGUUUCAUAAUCAUGUUUAGGCCAGAGCAGAAUACCAAGAAACACAUUAUGGGUAAAGUGCCCUCUAAGUCUCUCUGA